AUGAAAAGGCAUUCUACAAAAUCUUUCAUAUAUGCCUCUAGCCAAGAGGAUAGUGAAAAUGAUAGUGAUGAAACUGAGUGUAGCAUUGGUAGCAACUCAACAGCUGGCACUCACCGCAGUGACACUCCAACUAGGUCAGCACGUUUCAGAAGAAAAGGUCGUCGCAGGAGUAAAACGUCGAAAGCCAAGAUAAAUACAGAUAAAUCUCUGUAUAGAUUCUGCUGUAGUAUUAAAGAAGAUCAUGGACAACCCUUAUUUGGCGUACAAUUUAAUCACCAUCUCAAGGAAGGAGAGCCCAUGGUAUUUGCGACAGUUGGGAGCAAUAGAGUGAGUAUAUACGAGUGUCCAGAAGGUGGUGGAAUAAGACUAAGACAGUGCUAUGCAGAUCCAGACACAGAGGAGAACUUUUACACUUGUGCAUGGUCAUACGACGACUUUGGUAAGCCAAUUCUGGCUGUAGCGGGAUCUCGUGGUGUUAUUCGGGUAAUCAGUCCAGUAACGAUGACGUGCAUUAAACACUACAUCGGUCACGGACACGCUAUCAACGAGUUAAAAAUCCAUCCUGUAGACCUAAACAUUUUGCUAUCUGCUUCGAAGGACCACGCACUCCGCUUAUGGAAUAUUAAAUCAGAUGUUUGUAUUGCGAUAUUCGGUGGAGUGGAAGGUCACCGCGACGAGGUGCUUAGCGUGGAUUUCGACAUGAAAGGUGACCGUAUAAUUUCAUGCGGCAUGGAUCACGCACUCAAACUAUGGUCGCUGGGAAAAAAUGGUAUGCAAGAAGCCAUCAACCAAUCGUACCAUGGCUGUCCAUCACGUACAGGAAGACCCUUCGAGUCGGUGCUACAACAUUUUCCCGACUUUACGACGCGCGACGUGCAUCGCAACUACGUCGACUGCGUCAAAUGGUUUGGCGAUUUCAUACUCAGUAAGAGUUGUGAGAACUCUAUUGUCUGCUGGAAACCUGGACGACUCGAGGAUACUCAGCUCAGGAACAAUGAGACGAGUGCCACUGUGUUGCAUCGUUUCGACUUUAAGGAGUGCGACAUCUGGUUCAUUCGAUUUUCUAUGGACUUCUGGCAGAAAACCAUGGCUUUAGGCAAUCAGGUUGGUCGUACCUACGUUUGGGAUCUUGACGUUAAUGAGCCAAAUCAGGCCAGAUGUUUUUCUCUGCAACAUCCCAAAUGCAUCGCACCAAUCAGACAGACUAGCUUAAGUAGAGACGGCUCGGUGCUGUUAUGCGUCUGUGACGAUGCCACCGUGUGGAGAUGGGACCGCGACAACUGAUUGACUUUUUUU